UCAUCCCCACCUGAGACCUCUCCUGUCCUUGGCUCCUCUUCAUCUUUGCUUCUCCGACUCCUUAGGCAGUGGUCCUACUUGGUCCUGGGGACUUACUUGCAUUCCUCUCAGAGUCUUAGUUUCUCCCGGCUCAUCCCGGGGUUGUCUGGCCUUGGGGCAAGGAAGGAUGGUUCCCGGGGUGAGAAUCUUCUCGUCUUUGCUGGGACUCGUGAUGCUCUGGUUCCCCUUGGACUCGCAAGCCCGAGCCCGACCAGGCAAAGUCUGCCUUUUCGGUGAGAAGAUAUAUACCCCUGGCCAGAGCUGGCACCCCUACCUGGAACCACAAGGCACGAUAUACUGUGUGCGAUGUACCUGCACGGAGAGUGGCCAUGUAAAUUGUUACCGCCUCCGCUGCCCGCCCCUCCACUGCUCACAACCUGUGAUGGAGCCACAGCAGUGCUGCCCCAGGUGUGUGGAUCCUCAUGUCCCCUCUGGGCUUCGGGUUCCCCUAAAGUCCUGCCAGCUCAACGAGACCACAUACCAACAUGGAGAGAUCUUCAGUGCACAGGAGCUGGUCCCCAGCCGCCUGUCCAGCCAGUGUGUCCUCUGUAGCUGUAUUGAAGGACGCAUCUACUGCGGUCUCAUGACCUGCCCUGAACCUGGCUGCCCCACCCCACUCCCUCUGCCUGACUCCUGCUGUCAGACCCGCAAAGACAGGACAAGCGAGAGCUCCACUGAAGAAGACUUGGUACAGUUGCAGCCCGGAGAGAGACAGGAUCCUGGCUCGGAGGAUGGAAAGAGGAGAGUCCCCAGCACUCCAGCACCUACCAGCCUCAGUUUCCCUCUGGGCUUCAUCCCUCGCUACUUCCGACCCAUGGGAACGGGCAGCACCACUGUCAAGAUUAUUCUGAAGGAGAAGCAUAAGAAAGCCUGCACCCACAACGGGAAGACAUACUCCCACGGGGAGGUGUGGCACCCUACUGUGCUCUCCUUCGGCCCCAUGCCCUGCAUCCUGUGCACCUGUGUGGAUGGCGACCAGGCCUGCCAUCGUGUGACCUGCCCCACCCAAUAUCCCUGCAGUCAACCCAAGAAGGUGGCUGGGAAGUGCUGCAAGAUCUGCCCAGAAGAUGAGGCAGAUGCCGACCACAGUGAGGUCAUUUCCACCAAGUGUCCCAAAGUGCCAGGCCAGGUGUCUGUGUACACGUUGGUCUCUCCAAGCCCAGAUGGUCUGCACCGCUUUGUACUGGAGCAUGAAGCCUCUGACCAGGUGGAGACCUACAUUUGGAAGCUAGUGAAAGGAAUCUUCCACUUGGUUCAAAUCAAGAGAGUCAGGAAGCAAGAUUUCCAGAAAGAAGCCCAGAACUUCCGGUUGCUCACUGGCACCCAUGAAGGUUACUGGACCAUCUUCCUAGCCCAGACUCCAGAGCUGAAAGUCACAGCCAGCCCAGACAAAGUGACUAAGACAUUAUAACCAGGACCCAAACAGUUGCAGAUAUGAGAUUUAUUGUUUCUGUUAUUGUAUAUUAAUAAAGAGGUUGCAUUACUCUCUA